CAGUUCGUAAUCUUUCGUACCACAUGGUGUUCGACGCAAAAAACCUUAUGUGUAAAUAAAACGAAUUGGGAAAAAAAUUACGAAAGAAUUAUAUCAAUUACAAAAUAUAAAUCGUAAUUGAUUUAAAAAUCACAUUUCACUACAACGAGUAUUCAAACAAUAAAUAUCGAUAAUAAAAAGAAAACGCCUCGAAAAUACUGUGCAAAGAACAUACUAACAAAUUUUGAUACUUAUUCUAUCCAGGAAAAUGGUACAAGUCUCUGGCAAUGGAUACGCUUCUCAUGCAGCUGGCACAUACGAGGAUGCUAUCAGAGCUUUAAACAGUCUCCAAAGCAACGCAGCUUAUCUCCGGAAUGUCAAAAACCACAAACCGAAGACAAACAACACAUUGGACCUGACAAAAAAGUACCUGAAACGGUCAGGAAUAAGUUUAGAGCAAUUGGACGGAUUGUCAGUAAUUCACGUAGCUGGUACAAAAGGGAAGGGCUCUGCGUGCGCUUUUACAGAACGAAUUUUACGUGAACAUGGUUUCAAAACUGGACUCUACACAUCUCCUCAUUUAAUAUCGGUGCGAGAAAGGAUAAGAAUAAAUGGAAAGCCCAUAGAAGAGGACAAAUUUACUAAGUACUUUUGGAAACUGUACAAAGUGCUGGAAAGUGAUCGAGAUCACGAGACCGAUAUGCCGCCGUAUUUCAAGUUUCUCACGUUAUUGAUGUUUCACAUACUCAUGCAAGAGCCGGUAGACGUUGCAAUUAUCGAAGUUGGUAUCGGUGGUGAGCACGACUGCACAAAUAUCGUGAGAAAUCCUGUUUGCGUUGGGAUAACGAGUCUCGGAUUCGAUCAUACGAAUCUCCUUGGCACAACGAUGCAAGAAAUUGCCUAUCAAAAAUCAGGAAUAUUCAAAAGUGGCACAGUGGCGUUUAGCGUGCCACAACCAGUGGAAGCGACAGGAGUAUUAGAAACGCGAGCUGUUGAGAAGAAUUGCAGCCUAAGCUUUGUCGAACCGUUGCAAAAAUAUACCUGGCCGAAUGGGGAAACACCAAAACUUGGGAUUUUAGGUGACUUUCAGGCUUACAACGCGUCGAUCGCUGUUUCCAUGGCACGCACGUGGAUGAAUUUCAAUUCAAUGAAAAAACGACUUAGCUUCUCUUUCGACACCGCAGCUUCGGCGCUCUCGCGUUGUCAAUGGCCAGGAAGAACUCAAAUAUUACGAGGUGAAAAAAUAGAUUUUUAUCUCGACGGUGCUCAUACGAUUGAGAGCAUCGAAUGCGGCGCUAAAUGGUUCGCAGAAUCCAUCGGAGCUUCCUCCGGAAAGCGAGUCCUCAUUUUUAAUACCACGGGAAAUCGUGAUUUCGUUAAAAUGUUGAGGAUUCUCCGAUCACUCAACUUCGACCAAGUUUAUUUCACCCCGAAUGUCGCUGGAAAGCUUACCAUCGUCGACCAAAUUAAUUACAACACACCGAAUGAGGAACAGAUUAAAAGAUGUCAACAGCAUCAAGAUUUUUGGGGUGUUUCUGCAAUUUGUGUCGAAAGUGUCACCGAAGCGCUUCAUAAUAUUAGGAAUGAAGUCCCCUCACCAGAAGGAAGGAUUCAAGUACUCGUCACCGGAUCUCUUCAUUUGGUCGGUGCUGCUCUCACUAUUCUCGAUCCGAAUCUUUCCAUGCGAACAACACUUUAAUCAAAUAAUUUUAAUAAACAACCCCAGACUCCAAUAAUUUAUUAUUCUGAAAGGUCACCUUAAAACGGUCGAAAAUGACCCUAAUCACGACAGUGAAAAGUUGCAUGUACGAUUAUCAGAUCCAGUCAUAUGCCUUCAUUAUUCAAUAAUGAACAGAAUCUUGUAUGGUGAACAUCGAAUCUCAAAUAUUGUGUAAAACGAAAAAAUGUUUUCGCGAACUGAGAAAAAGCAGUUUUUGUUAUGUAAAAGUUGAAAAGAAGUUUAGGGCUAACCCUUAAAGUAAACCCUGGCUCUAGGGUAUCUCGUGCUAGGACUAAGUUCGAACUUCGAUCUGAAUUUGAAAAUAAAGUUUGUUGAAAAAAUCUCUUGCCCUUUUUCCAAAGAUAUUUUGACUUAUCUUGAAAAAUGUAAUUUUUUAUACUUUUAUCAGAAGCUGGAAAAUAUAGAUCGUUUACGAGGUUUCA